AUGGCGGUUGAUAUGGUUGCAGUAUGUAUGACAGCGCAGACAUGGGUCUAUCCACCGGGAAUAUUCACCGAAAGUAUCGCCUGGGGUAUUGCUUAUGAGUUACCAAAUGAUACAAGGUCUUUCAAAGAUUUCUUGGGUCCGAAAUUUGCUGGAAAAAGGCGGAAUCGGAGGGAACUUUAUGGAAAGAUGGAAAAAAUCAUGGACUCAAUGGGUUAUGACGGAAGGGCAUGCAUUUUAAGAACUCUCUGCGAAGCUAGCUACAGAUUCCUCCCUAAAGAAGAUAACCUCUUGGAUUCUAUUCUCAAAAUAGUAUUUCGAUACCCAAUGGAAAGACUUUUGGCAUCAGAACCGGACGAGCAUCGUAUAUACCACUGGGCCGCGCGGUUGGGGAAGGACAAUCAAGAGUGUGGAGAGAUAUUCAAAUGUCCGUUUUCUUUGAUUGAUGUGGCGAUGGGAGAAUAUUCCCAGUAUCUCACUUGA